AUUCCAUUAAUAAACUCUAUCGGUUUAUCCUCCCUUGGCGCGGGAGAGGAGAGAGAAAGAAGCUUCAACAAUGGCGAAUGUCUUUCAUUCUUCAACUCCAACAAUCUUUAAUUCUCCCUCUCAAUUACCCUCUCAUCUUUUACUCUUCAGAAAUCAGAUAAAUUCCUCUGUUUUCCUGAAAAAAUGCAAAUCAAAAGGUAAAAUUAUUUCUUGUUCUUGCGAUUCAUCAAUACCCACUUCAGAAUUUGUGUUUUGCAAGAGGGAUUUGUUGCUCUUUGGCUUAUCUUCUUCUAUGGCCUUGAUUUUCCCUACUAAUGGAAUUGAUGCUGAAGAGGAAAUGAAAAUGCUUGAAUUUGUUGAUGAUUUAAAUGCCUAUUCUUACUCAUAUCCAAUGAAACUUCCCUCCAGAAAGCUUGCCUUUAAAUGGGUGGAAUCCAGAAAGCCAGAAAGAUAUUCUUCAGCUGCUCCUCUGGCCCCUAAUGCGCGGCUGCGUAUAGUGUCCGAGCGUGUUGACUUUAUCGACAAUGUCAUCAUAUCUGUUACGGUGAUUACCAUUAACAUGCCCCCCAAUCCAGAGUUCUUGAAAUCCAAGGAUAAGAGUACAUGGAAUCCGAAAGACGUUGCCGAUUCAGUAUUGUCUGACAAAUCUGCUUUGCGAGUUACAUCAACUCAAAAAUUGGCUGAGAGCUCCAUACUUGAUGCACAAUCAAAUGAAGUUGAUGGCGAAAGAUACUGGUUUUAUGAAUACUUAGUCCGCAAAUCACCAACCAAAUCUGCACAGGAGUCAAACAAUUAUAGACAAUAUGUUGCUUCUACAGCUGAGCGUGAUGGUUUUUUAUACACUCUGAACGCUUCAACUUUGAGCAAGCAGUGGGAAACUAUGGGACCUAUCUUGAAGAGAACGGCCAGCUCCUUUCGGCUUCUCCCCCCAACCGAUAAUUAUGUCCCUCCAUACAAGGAUCCAUGGAGGUUUUGGUGAUCUAUUUGACUUUUUCCUAUCAACCAUCAGUUGUUCUUGUCCCCUUCUCAGAGCAAUGUAAAUGUUUUUUCAUGCACAGCAGCCAGUGAGUCUGCAUGGCUUUUCUCUGAGAGAGAGCUGAAAUAUUACAAUGUAGGGCUUAUAUGUUUCUAUAUGUAGCUUGGAGAUAACUGAUUUUGUUGUUAUAUUGAAAGAAUUUUCAAAUAAG